AUGUCACUGAUGGUGCGCAUAUUCUCUGCGUGCUCUUGGUUCCACCUUGAACUCGAUGUCGGUCUGCCACUGGGGAUGAGGGAGUUGCGCGAUAUCACAGCUUCUCGGUUGGGCGAGCGGGAAUCCUCGAGCACUGUCUGGAGAACGACCAUCCAAGUCAAAAAAUCACACACUCUCUUUACCAUCACUGUCAUUGUCACUAUACUCUUCCACGCCCGCCCUCACGCUGUGUCGCCGUCGCCUAUCGUAGGCGGGGAUGAUGAGUCCAUUCCCGCCCCGGGCGUUCAAUCUCCUGCCAAUGGCAACACGCUUGCUGCUCCCGCCGCCGCGGACGUCGGCCACAUCAGCUCUGUUUUGAAGCUCGUCAUGUAUGGUAUAAAUGCGUCCACCCUCUGUUUUGGUAACCACGACCGCCAUGGAAUCGGCUGGGCUGCUGCUGGGUGCCUGAAGCAUAAUACAGUGGAGAAGAAACGACUAAAAGAACUCCCGCCGGUGUUUCGACCACGGUGUUCCGGAGUCGCUGCGUGUGAGCUCGUUGUUAGUAACCUCCCCCGCGUCAUGUCGCGUUUCUUCCAUCCCACCGCGAUUUCUACCCUGACGAGCAAAGAAAAGAACCGGGCCCGGGAUGGCCGCAGAAGGUGGAAGACACUGCGGAAUGACUACAAGGACGAAUGCAGGACCAAGGAUGAAACGAAUUUGUACCACCCACACAACGGUUUGUGCAAUAGAGCGAUCAAGGACGACUCACCCUCUGGGCCUGAGAUUGGUUUCUACCGACAAGACUCUCAGCCUGUCAAAGGGAGCAAUGCUGACCUUAAACCAGAUGCCAACAGCUCUCAGAACAACAUCGAAGACAUCAAAACCGCGGGCCCAAAGAACAGUACUGGGUGGCCGCAGCUUUUGCAGUGGCUUGAAUUCAAAUUGAGCGUGACUACCCUGGAUAAUGGUCAGUAUGCCACUGGAGUCCUCACAGCAGACAAGGAUUCAAUGGGAAAUCCUUCUCGUCAGAAGGUAUAUAUGCUACCCCGGGAUCCGGAGGGUGUCGGCGUCGUGGCGGGACAGAAACGUAAAUUGUCUAGUGCCGGGUUUAGGACGCACAGCAUUGGCGCCUUGAUUGGGGGGUACUCAUCUUCAAAGGCUUUCCUAUGA